AUGUUAAGACUUCAACCCCAAAUGUUUCAGUCGGCACAUGAUCUUCUGUUGGCGUCAGAUGCCUCAGUGAAGGACCUGUCUUACAAAUUGUCCAAAUUAAUUUGCUGGGAGAUACUACAGGUGGACAUUCAGCUGUUCCAGCAAGCAGACGGCUUUCUGGAGAGUUCCACGGUUCAAGACAUCAUGAAGAGGACCAAGACCUGCAUCACCUCAUUUAGACUGGACUCUGACAUGUCCCCCAGCAGUGAUAUUGUGGGGCACUGUGUGGCUUUCCUUCUCAACAUCAAAGACUGGGAUUAUUUGGGGAACUUGGAGAACACCAACAGUGGAUAUGUAGAGUUUGGUCGUCUGCUGUCCCUGCUGUGUAAAGAACUACCCAAUAUGAAGGAGAGCAGGAAAGCUGCCAGGGAGGUCUGGGAGGUGAUUUUGCAGAUAUUCACAACCACUGAGCAGCAGAAACGUAGCAGCAGUGGUGCCCCCAGUUCGAUGAAAAGAGAAUCCAACUUGGGCCUUAUAUCUAGGGCACAUUUUGUUCAGUUCAUACAGAGAAUUAAGGAUCCUGUAGUGCUCUCUGCACUGGUGUCUUGUGUGACAAAGUUAUACAAUCUACUCAAGAAUGACCUAACCAGUGAGAUCUCCAGUGACUAUGUCAUCAUGUGGCCUACGGCUUUGGGAAGCUCAAGUCAGUUGAACCUCCUGGCAGUGUCAGAUGCAGUGACAACACUAAUGCAGCAUACUCUCUGUGUGAAUCCAACACAACCCUCUUGGCUCAAGACACAGGCAGAUUUACAUUUUGCACAUGCCCAGUAUUCUGGUGCUAUGCACUGUUACAUGGAGGCAGCCUUGGUGGCGUCAGACUAUUUCUCCCGUCCUGUCCCCAAGACCAUCCUUGAUGACCAGGUGUACAAGAGACUCAUCAAGAGCUGCAACUAUCUCCAGUGUUACACCCAGGCAGCUGUACUGUGUCAGUUUCUUGAGGAGGUGGACUACGUGACUGCCUUCCGCUCUUUCCAGGAAAAACACUGUCAGGAUGCCAUGGAUGCUUACUAUGACUGCAUAUGGGAUGUCACCAUUCUGGAGUUUCUGAUUAAUCUUCAUGCCAAGAAGGGAGAACUUGAGAAGAAACAAAGGGCUUUGCAUGCCAUUGGUCAGUUGGAAUUGAACAGCAGCAAUUCAGAGGAUAUUCUAGUUCAAGCCAAACAGAAAAGAAUGCAGAAAUUCCUCAGGACAUUAGCCAAGCACUAUCUAUGAGAGAGAGCAGUGUGUG